UGUGUAGCGGUACUACAGCGGAUCCCUAGUUUUAGUCAAGCGGCUCGUAGAGUUUUAAGAGGGGAGUUGCGACGGCGGAAUUUCCUGCGGCUUCGGGAAACUGAAAAGCGGUGGAAACUCCCGCGCUUUGUUGUGGAAGUGACGUCACGCGUGCGACGGUCCAAUCUCUGGGAGUGUGGCUACAGAGGCGUGUAAGAAACAUGGCGGAAACUGUAGAUAUUCUCAAGCUGAAGCUGGCAGAGCUCAAACAGGAAUGCGUGGCCAGAGGUUUGGACGUGAAAGGGAAUAAGAGUGACCUGAUCAGCAGGCUUCAAGCAUAUCUAGAAGAACACGAUGAUUGUGGCUUACAGCUAGUGAAAACCGAAUAUGCAGUAUCUCAGAAAAUCACAAUAUUACCUGAAGAAGAUGCCAAUGAAGAAGAUGUUCUAGGUGAUGAAACAGAGGAAGAAGAGCAAAAACCUGCAGAUGUUCCCGAGAAGAAAGAGGAAGAGGAGGAGGAAGAGGAAGAGGAGGAGGAGCCUUCUGGCAAAGCAGGAGAAAUAGAAACAGAGCCGAAAGUGGUGAAGAUAACAAGUGGGGUGCCUCUGGUUGAUAGACUUCAGAAAAGAGCUGAAAGGUUUAAUGUCCCUGCCAAUUUGGAUAGCAAAAAGGCAGCUCGUGCAAUACGGUUUGGUCUUCCUUCCACUGAGCAGAAAGGGCAGACCACAGAUGUAAAAUCCCAGGUGAAUGUUGAUAAACUUAAAGUGAGAGCCCAAAGGUUUGGUGUCAGCGUUUCUCCCGUCACAAAAAAGACUGAAGAUGAUGAAAAGCUGAAGAAAAGGAAGGAACGUUUUGGUAUAGUAACAAACUCUGCAUCAAUUUCUGAGGAUUCUGAGGCAAAGAAGAGGAAAAGAUCAGAGCGUUUUGGCCUGGUUUAGUCAUUCUCACCUGCCUAAUCCUCCAGUUUGUUUUUGUUUUGUGCAUCUCUACUUAGUAUUGUAAAAUGUAUUUCUUAUUCUCGAUUCGUAAGGUUUUUUUUUUUUAAACUUUUAAAAACAAAGAAAAUAAAUUGAAUAAACUAAAA